AUGAUCUGGCCACCAGAGGAAAUCUGGGAUGAUCCCAUGCAACUGGUGGAGUACUACGAAACUCAUGCCAUCUCCCUGCAUCCGCUUCCCGGUAUCUUGGUCCUCUCCAUCAUCGUCUCGGUCCUCGGUUCCUAUGCCACUCUACUCGUUCUCGGUCGACGAACCUCGUCGAGAGGUUGGCGAAAUCAUCUUUUCCUCGGUCUCGCUGCUGUCUGCUUCGCUGCCGUCGCAGUGUGGGGAAUGCACUUUGUCAGCUACGUCGGCGUUCGUGGUCGAGCCAGUCCUGACCUCACGUGGUACAUCGAGUUCUCGCGAGGAAUGACUGCCGUCUCCCUCUUCGUACCCCUUAUUUCCACCGCCAUGGCGUUUUGGUUCAUCGGAUAUGAACUCGACAUUCCUUGGUGGCGUAUUGUCGUUUCUGGAGUCUUUGUCGGGUUAACCAUCGUCUUCAUGCAUUACUCUGCCGCGUUCCGAUUGCCCUUCCUUCGUGUCGGAUACAGCGUGGUCACGGUAGUCUUUGCCAUUGUCUUGGCUUGUGUCGCUGCCACAGCUGCUCUGUUCCUCUUCUUCAGACUCCGUUCCCAAUGGUCCGUUUCAUGGUGGAAGCGAGGUCUCUGUAGUAUCUUCUUGGCUGUCGCCGUCUGCGGAAUGCACUACCUCGGUCUCGGUGGCACUUCAUACUUCACCAAACCAGGCGUCAUGCCGGACCAACUCGCAGGAGGGGGUGGUCAAUCUACCCGUCUUAUCAUUGCCAUCUCCGUCAUGUGCGCCAUGAUUGUUGUCAUCUCCAUCACAUUCGCCUUGAUCGACCUUUUGGCACGCCGCGAAAUCCGAAAGAAGGCUCGACACAUUGUGGUCGCCAGUGCAGCCUUUGCUGAAGACGGCAAGAUUCUUGUCCGACACGAUGGAACUAUUCCCAUGCAGAUGAUUGAGACUGAGGCGGAUCUUGGAGGUGUCAUGAGCGAGCUUGAUCCUCGUCAAUCCACAUUCCAGUGGCUCUACCAGUUGACCUUCAACUGGUCCCUCGUCAGACCGUUCGUUCCCCGAGUCUUUGAAUCGACCGAACGACGAACCAAGUCAAAACAGUCUCGAGAAUCUGCCGAAUUCCGUCAACGAUUCGUCGAAGCCUCAGUCCUCCUCGCUCGCCAACUUGGUACAUCGGUCGAGUCCUUGGGAGAGCUGUUUGACCGAGUCAUGACUACCGGCACUCGUAUCCCAGUGCCCGACGCUGCUGCCACCUCCGAUGACUCGAGUUCGAUUCAUGGUAUCACUCUCAAGCUCCACGCUUCUGAGGGUGUUCUCUUAUUCUUGGUCCGCGAGAUCGGCAAGGGUCUUCCUUUGGCUGUUGAUUACCCAAAGAUGAAUCAGGAUACUCCUGGUAACUUUGACACCGUUGACUGGUGGCUCGAGCGAGGCUACCGUCUCACCGAAACCCGAUUCUUCUCAAGGACGCUCGCCGAUCACAUGGGUGUCGGUAAAGGAGAGAUGGAUGUUUUCCUCUCGGCUUGCAAGACUUAUGCGAAACGUGGCUCUAAACCCGUCGUUCAAUCCGGUGGAACUUAUCUCGGUCUCUUUGGUGUCCGACCCACCGAUUCCACAUUGGAUGUGCUCGUCUACAACUUUGCCCGACAUCAGAUCCCCGCUUACCGUCUGCCCGACGUACAGUACCCCCUCACGGCCAGUAUGCGCGCGUGGAUCCGUGAAUGUAGCAACGCAACCAUGUCUGAGAUCCUCGAGAGAGCCAAUGAAUCCCUCGCAAGGGCCGAUUCGUCAGACCAAGGAUCGAUCCAAUCGAGAGAGGACGAAGAAUUGCUCGAGUUCCAGGCUGCCAUCGUGGUCGCCAUGGAGUCCCUCACUUCUGCACUGAAGUCUUGGCCAACGAUCCAAGACCUGGCCCGACUCUCCCCCGAGGUUCUCGAAUUGCCUUCGUCCAACUUUGAUGAUGAUCCCCCCGCUCAAAUGGUCGUUCUCGAGGUCAUAUUGCCCGCUCCCGAGGCCCGCCUCACCCCUAUUCAAUCUCGGGCUUCCGGUAUUCAGGCACCUGUACUGUCCUCUGGCCGCGCAGACUCUGACAAGCCUCCUCCUCCCUUCAUUUACACGCCAUGGACUUUGUUCGCCAAGUCGCAGAACAUGAUCAUUCGAGGCAAGAAGUGGAACGAGAUCUGCAAAUCGCUCAAUACGGAACUCAUCAAGUCGUAUCCUCUCAUCCCUACCGAUCUCGCAGCGGAGAUUGACGCCGAGGAAAAGGCCAUCCAAGAUAUCCCAAGCUUGCCUCGUGUCUCACGACUCGGCCGUCGGCCCGGGACCGGCACGAGCCCAGCGACACCAGCACCUCUCGCAUCUCCCGAUAGCCUUGGUUUCUCUGACAUUGACACGAUCGCCGAGGAAAAGGCUGCCUUGCAAGAGUCAGCUGUCCGUCGACCUGGAACGGGCGAAAAGGAAUCGGCCAAGAGAGGGCUCUUUGUCGGACGAAAGGACGUCACUGGAGAUGAAAGGCGCGGCCCUCCCAUUUAUCGCAGUGUGAGACAAAAGACCGACGGAUGGUACCUUCGAUCUAUGCGAACCCUGGAGCGAGGAGAGCAAGGCUCGUGGCUGAACGGUAAUGACUGGCAGGCAGGUGUAUAA